UUCCCUGAAUCUCAGGCCAACUCUGGACUCUUUCCGCCUUUGUGGACGCCCGACUGUGAUCCUCCGCAAAAGCAAUGCCUGAAGAACAAGCGUUCGUCCCUAGGACACCAAAGCCUCAGGAAGAUGUACUGCCGCUAGGAGAAACUGAGGCAGAGGGGGCAUGGCUACCUAAGUUUUCCUUAACCUCCUCGCUCAGCCUCGUCCCCCACUCCCUGAUACAGCGCCCCUGCGGUGGCUCCUGGCAAGAAGCAUGGAUCCAGGAACCUCUGACCUAUUGGACGUGUGGCUGGAGCCCCCAGAAGAUACCUUUUCUACAGGAUCCUUCCUGGAGCUGGGACUCCACUGUCCCCCAGAGGUCCCGCUGGCCAGGCUACAAGAACAGGGGUUGCAAGGCUGGGAAUGCAGUGGGGGCCGUGGUUGUGGCCUUCAAGAGAGUGAACCUGAAGAUCUCCUGAAUCUUUUCAUCGAUCCCAAUGAGGUGUACUGCUCAGAAGCAUCUCCUGGCAGUGACAGUGGCAUCUCCGAGGACCCUGGCCAUCCAGACACUCCCCCUGCCCCCAGGGCACCCAGUUCUCCAGCCCUCUAUGAAGUUGUGUAUGAGGCAGAGGCCCUGGAGAGGAUGCAGGGGGAAGCUGGGCCAGCCGUAGGGCUCAUCUCCAUCCAGCUAGAUCAGUGGAGCCCGCCAUUUAUGGUGCCUGAUCCUGGCACGGUCAGCGAGCUGCACUUUGAUACUCAUGGCCACAUCCUGUCCGGAGCAGCCAGCGUAGCCUCGGUGCCUCCUGCAGCCCUGCUGCCCUGUCAAACCCUGUUCCUGACAGAAGAAGAGAAGCGUCUGCUGAGGCAGGAGGGGGUUUCUCUGCCCUCCCACCUGCCCCUCACCAAGGCAGAGGAGAGGAUCCUCAAGAAGGUCAGGAGGAAAAUCCGUAACAAGCAAUCAGCUCAGGACAGUCGGCGGCGCAAGAAAGAGUACAUCGAUGGGCUGGAGAGCAGGGUGGCAGCUUGUUCUGCACAGAACCAGGAACUGCAGGAGAAAGUCCGGGAGCUGGAGAGGCACAAUACCUCAUUGGUGGGGCAACUCCGCCAGCUGCAGACACUCAUUGCUCAAACCUCCAACAAAGCUGCCCAGACCAGCACUUGUGUCCUGAUCCUUCUUUUUUCCCUGGCUCUCAUCAUCCUGCCCAGCUUCAGCCCCUUUCAGAGUCUACCAGAAGCUGGGCCUGAGGAAUACCAGCCUCAUGGAGUGAUUUCCAGAAAUAUACUGACACACAAGGAUAUGACAGAAAAUCUGGAGGACCCAGUACUGGAGUCCAGACUGGGAGAACCACCCGGAGCCAAGAGUGCAAAUGGCUCAUCAAGGACACUACUCAAGAAGACUGGAGGAAAGACAGGACCCAGUGGACACAUCAGAACUGUGCUGCACGCAGAUGAGAUGUGAGAUGGGGACAGCCCUUCCUGCCCACUUCCCGAGCACAAGGAAUCCACAGCUCUCCAUUCAGCUCCGCUUCCCCUCUGGGUGGGAGUCCCACUGGGUGUCUUUGCCCUUGAGAAUCUGAAUCACUUCAGGACACCCUGGAUGUCUGUACCAAGCCUCAGUCUGCCUAUGUGAGGGGACACGAUACUUUUGUUGUUAUGUAUGUGUGAUUUUAUUUCUUCCUUGGGAAUAGGUUGGGGGGAAACAGAAGUUUUGACUGAAAAAUAAACAUUUUAGCUAAGAUAAUAUCCCAAAGU